UCAGGCCGCUUGGGAGCCAACAGCUGUGCUGAGUGCUCACUGCUGACACAACAGUGUGAGCUCUGUGGUGAUUUCCAUCCCUUCCCAGAUUCUCAGAAGCCACCUGACUUGGAGCCGGCCACCACGGCCAGCCAGUCCCAGGGGAUCCACCAGCUCCUCCAGGCAGAGAAAAGGGCCAAGGACAAGCUCGAGGAAGCCAAAAGGAAGACAGGCACGGGCUCGGGGGCCAAAUGCUUUCUCAUACAGGCCAAGGAGGAAGCGAUGGCAGAGACUGACCAGUACAGGAUGCAGAGAGAUCAGGCAUUCCGGCUGAAACACGCUAAGACAAUGGGCUCCCAGAGCAAUCUCUCCAGAGAGAUAGAAGCACAGACACUGAGGAAGAUAAAAGAGCUGGAUGGGAGCCACAGCACGUCCAUGGAAAGUGUCAUCAACCGGCUUUUGAGCAUCGUCUGUGAUGUGAAACCGGAAAUCCACUCGAACUACAGAGUCACCAACUACACAAGGCUGGUGGACACUGACAUCGUGGGGACUUAG